UGAAUACAUUGCAUUGCACUGUGCUUCUGCUUGUUCUUGUUGCUGAGUUCGUUCUCAAUGAAGCUGUCAUGACACUGCCAUGACCUGCAGCUCUAGCGCUGGUAGUGUCGCCAAGGGAUAACAUCCCCCCUAUGAUCUAGCCGAACAAUCCGGCCAGAUACCUUUCACAGCACAAUAAAUUUUGCUGUCGAGUAUUUCUGGCGGUAAUUUCGAAUUAGAGCCAUUGACGCAGCACAGUGCAGUCAGCGCAGCCAAAGGGUAUAGCCUAGUAUAGGCAACAUCAUUCCAGUAUUGUCCAGUAAUUCGAAGAGUAGUGUUGGACGACUUGCCCAGCAUGGCCAGCGAUCGCAGCGCCGUGCCGAAACAACAACAGGAUCAGGAGUUGCACGCUGCACAUGCUGAUGAUGGAUUGAGAUGCCUGCAGAAGUACCUGGAUGAACUGCUUGCCGUGUGCGAGCUGCGAAAGUCCAGACUGGAGUUUGAGUGUGAUGAGUUGGCACGAAUCCUCCACAAGCCCUGGCCCAGGCUACCGAGAGAAAGACAGCUAGCAGCAACAGCAAUAGCAAAAGGUGUAAUGUCUGCCCCUGCCCUGAGCAAACAGCCAUCACACCGCAGUGUGGACAGCGCACACGGCAUCAACAAGCCUGAUCAGUUCCCUGCGCAGGUGCAAACCCAGCGGCCUAGUGAACCACGCACCGAUGCCACAGCACCCGUAUCAGUCUCUGCCACGCCGGCCGCAGAUUCAGCGGCUGCGUCGGCGGACGAGGCUCUGCUUGCUGAGGUACUCGCAAAGGCAAGGCGUGUAUGGAAGCAACCGCCCAGCCAGUCAUCCCACUCCACGACCUCCGCCUCCACCACCAGUACCAGCAGUAGCACCAGCACAGCUGCCAGACCAAAGCAGACUGCAGCAAGCAAGGCUGAUUCUGGUUCCAGCCAUAGCGCUACAUUCAGACGUCCUCCAGUGCAUCCGGACACAAGAAAGCAGAGAGAGCAACCCGGUCAGAAACCCAAGCCGGGUGCAAAGGAGCGACGGCGCAGCUAUAGCCCUGGCGUCGCGCGUGCCCACGUGCCCAAAGACGGCCCAAGAGCGAAGAAAUCCGACCCAGUGGCAAGACGGCAAUCUGACAGUGCUGGACCUGACGUUGGUGGCCCAGGCUCUGCAUCUGUGAACACGUCGCCGCACAGUAUAGCUGUAGGGAGUGCGUCACCUGCAGGUCCAGACCAGUCUCACCAGGUGCUUCCAUCCAAGACACUACCCAGCGAAAACGUGGAUGAUGAUGAUGACUGUGCCAGGAGCACACAUGACAGUGAUGACGAGAAGUUCUUGUUACAUAGAGAUGGGGCAAGUCUGAAGUUGCCCGGAAGGUACAGCAAGUUGCUUGAAGAUCACAAUACGCUGCUUACUCAAAUACAUGGAGCAAAGCAACCAGCUGCAGCAAGUCAGGCCCGGCACAAGUUCCUCUCACGCUUCACUCGCGACGUUGAUGGCGCAUCUCCAUCAUCUGUACCACCAGGAGAAGAAGCAGCAGAAACAGCAACUGCUGCUAAUCCGCAAGACGGCAUGGUGGCUACGUCUUCAUCACAGUACCACAGCGACACGGAGGAGAGUUCCUGCAACUUGACCAACUCCAACUCUGCACCAACACCAGCAGCUCAAUACAGCCUUACUGACUGGUGGUUACCCAAGCAGCUAGCAUACCCUAACAGGCAGCACUCAUCUGUCGAGGUUGACGCCGUCACCCGACUUCGUCGUAAUUCUGUAUCAUACCAUUCUAGAGAUGAGCUCAUCAACGCCAUCUCAAUGGAACAGGAUUUGCAGAUCGCUGUGUUGAAAGAGCGCAUUGAGCAGGAAUGCUUGGCUGUUUUACUACCAAUACUACAGGAUAGCAGCACACAAAACAGAAUAUCAAUUCCGUUGCUUCGGACAUGCAGCUGGUUUGUGGAUGUGGACAAAGGACACCCUCCAGCCGUACUCUCGCUGACAGGGAAUAGUGAAGCUAGCGACAGUAUUGCACAAUGAACAUAUAAUCCCUAUCAUGUGAUCACGUGCUGAGUGAGCCCUCGGCUCCCCCCCCCCCCCCCACUCCCACCCUCAGAGAGUCGGAUUUCUAUUGGUCAGAACUGUAAGUUAGUGCCCGGCUCUCUUCGAGCACAUCCCGUCAUAACACACCUGGGUGUUGCAGCAGAGAGUUCCAUGGAUGAGGAUGAGACACAUGGAAACAGGCUGUUUUACUAUCGUUCUGCUAGACCAGCAAGCUUUUCCAAGCACUUUGUCAAAUGAAAAUAUUCCCACCCGUGGAAACCAUUAUUGUGUUUAAAGAUGAAGAGCUUGCCACUCGCCUACACAUCUCUCAUUACGUCCAUUCACUGCAUAAUAAGCCAUUGAAUGAUUUAAGGUGGGGGGGGGGAUAGGGGAGAGAGUGGCUGGUGCAUUGUAGGCUACUGUAUGUAUGUGAGCAAGCCAGAGCACCAUGCGAGCCGUGUCUUAAAAUAGCUCCUACUGUCCACGGCGUUAACACAGCCAUCGCACUAUCUGAUAUUUUCCAUUUUGAUCACCAUAGCAGAGAAGGGAGAGAGAGAGAGAGAGAGAGAGAGAGAGAGAGAGAGAGAGAGAGAGAGAGAGAGAGAGAGAGAGAGAGAGA